AUGGCACGAAAGGGCGCAAAGAAGCAAGCAGCCGCAUCAUCAUCGGCGGCGGCGACGGCACCAGCCACAAAACCCGCCUCGCUCGCCGAAGAACUCUCCGCGGCCAACAUCGACGACGCCAACCACGACGGAUACGAGUCCAGCACACACACCGACACCGACGACUUUGAAGACGCCGCCGACGGCUCGCACACCGACGAGGCCCUCAACCCUGCCGUCGUCGAAUCGCAACCCAUCAUCGAACCCACCUCGCCCGUCGCCCACGAUCUUUCCCUCGAAGACACGGCGGAUGCUCCUCAGAAGCUGCGUCGGCCCUCGCUCCUCGCAGACGCAGACGGUCAGCUCGCCACUCCCAAGCCCACCGAUGCCGCCUUCCCAGACUCUGCCGAAGCACUCCCUACGACAGAGGCAACUGCAACUGCGGGCGACGACACCGGGACGCCGGAGCAAGUGGUCGCCAGCUCCUCCGCAGCCACAUUCGUCGCCUCGCCACCGCACGACAAGGUGCACACCAUCGAUGCGCCGCCAGACACGCCGCUCAGCUCAGCCGAGAUCAGAGACAGCCAGUCGGCAUCCGACUCGCUCGUCCUCGACGAGGAAAAGGCCAAGGCCGCACUGCCCGAGCGCGACGCCGUACCGCCCUCGAUCGGCGCAACCUCGAUGCUCGAGCCGGAAGAGACGAUCUCCAACCCAUUUGCGGCCGACGAACCCACGCAGCCGAUCCGAUUCUCGCGGCACGAUGGCGGAGCGGCGCCGGGCAAUCCGCCCGACACGCCCAGUGUCAACUCGAACCACUUUUCCGUCGUGAGUCUCGGCAGCACCACCGCGUCAGCCGCAGGCGCGGACGAGGCGGCGUGGGCAGCGGCGGCAAAUAGCGACGCACGGCGCGAUACCAUCACCACCAACGGCGAGGGCAAAUCGGCUGAUGCCGCCAUGACGCGCAGCGGCGAGUCGUCGAACUACGACUUUCUGCUCGCGAGGCUCGAGACGCAGAACAAGCGGCUCAGUGGCGAUCCGAAGCAGAUGCGCGCGAGUCUCGAUGGGGCGGUGAAGCUGCGCGAGCACUUUGAAAAGCUGCGUGGACAGGGGCAGCGGCAUUCGCGCGGCGAGUCGCAGAACCGUGCGGACGACGAGGCGGCCACCGCGGCGACGCAGCAGCAGCAGCAGCAGGCACGGGAGUCGGUGGUUUCGACGGAUACGACGGCGUGGGAGGGGCCACCGGUGGACGAGGUGAAGGAGGACGAUAUCGACUGGGAGUUCUGGGGCGAUGUGAUGAGCAACUACCAGAGUGUAGCGCGCAACCAUCCUCGGCAGUUGAGUCGGGCUAUCCAGGCGGGGAUCCCCGCAGCGUUGAGGGGGAUGAUGUGGCAGUUGAUGAGUAGCAGCAAGAACGAGGAGAUGGAGAUCAUCUAUGCCUACUACCUCAAGCAGACCUCUUCGCACGAAAAGGCGAUUCGGAGGGAUCUUAAUCGGACUUUCCCGGAGCAGGAUUACUUUCAGGAUGGUAAAGGGGUGGGACAGGAAAAUCUGUACAAUGUCAUCAAGGCCUAUUCGUUGUACGAUCCCGAGGUGGGCUAUUGCCAGGGGAUGCAGUUUGUGGUGGGACCACUGCUGCUGAAUAUGCCGGAUGAAGAAGCUUUCAGUACGUUUGUACGGCUUAUGAAGUCGUAUGAUCUUCGAGGGCAUUUCACGCCCAACAUGCCUGCGUUGCAGUUGCGACUGUUUCAGUUCGAUCGAUUGCUGGAGGAGAUGGUGCCGUUGCUGCAUCGGCAUUUGGUUCGGCAGGGGGUCAAGUCGAGCAUGUAUGCAAGUCAGUGGUUCAUGACGCUGUUCAGCUACCGUUUUCCUCUCGACUUGGUCUAUCGCAUCCUCGACUCCGUCUUCGCAGAGGGUGUAGAGGCCCUCUUUCGAUUCGCCAUUGCGCUGAUGAAGAAAAACGAAGAAGCCCUGUUGGAACAAUCCUUCGAUCAGGCAGUCAACUUCCUCAAGAUGAACCUCUUCGAUCAAUACCUCUCCAACACCACCUCUGCAGAGGGGAAACCGGUUUACAGAACAAACGAAUUCGUAAGAGACGCCUUCGAGAUCAAAAUCACCCCCUUCAUCCUCGACACCUACGCCGCCGAAUUCGAUGCCCAAGUCAGAGCCGCAAACGCCCACCGAAGAGAGGUGGACGCUCUGCGUCUCGUCAACCGAAACCUCGCUGCGCGCGUACAGGCCCUCGAAAACCAACUCAACUCCCUCAACGCAGAACACGUCGAAAUGGUCAAGGACGUCGUCAUGGCCAAAAUCGCAAAGGAGGAAAUGGCCGAAGACCUCGUCCGAUACAAGAUGAUGUACGCAGAAGCCGUACUGGCCGCUGAGGAGCAGAGCUCCAACCAUAGAAGCUCCGCCCAAGCUAUCGCGGCUAGGCAACUCGAACAACACCAGAGACUCUCGGCAAACUCCACCUCGUCUUAG